ACCUUAUACACCAUAGAAGCAACCUCAACCCCUCACGUUAUUUACGAAUAUACCCUUCUUCUUCUACUUCUUCUUCUCCCUCCACCUCUCUCUAUAAACACAAUGCUCGCUACGAGAGGAGCAACACCGAAACCCUACCUCCUCCCCUUCCUCCCAUCCAUGUCCAUCUCCUCCACCUCCCCCUCCUCCUCUCCGGCCAGGCCCCGCGGCGGAGGUGGCGGGCGCCGCCCUAAGAAAAAGGUGUACCACCGCGAGCGGGAGCUGGACCACGCUGUCGACCUCCAGAAGAAACCCUACCUCCUCCUCCGCCUCCGAUCCCUCAUCCUCUCCUCCUCCGCCUCCUCCAUGUCCCGCCCCCUCCUCCUCCGCGACCUCGAGAAGGAGGUGGGCUUCGUCCAGAAGUGGACCUUUCUCUCCCUCAUCCAGCGCCACCCCUCCGUCUUCAAGGUCUCCGGCGGCGGCGGCGGAGGCGGACCCAUCGCCGUGCGCCUCACUGAGAAAGCCGCGAGGAUCUCCGACGAGGAGGCCCUAGCUAGGGCUCUGAUGGAGCCAAUCUUGGUGAGGAACCUCCGCAAGCUUCUGAUGAUGUCCAUGGAUUGCCGAAUCCCCCUGGAGAAGAUCGAGCUCAUCGCACCCGAGUUAGGGUUACCUCCGACCUUCAAAACCUGCUUAAUCCCUGGAUAUCCCCAAUUCUUCUCGGUUCAAAAUAUCCGAGGAGUUGAAUACCUGUGCCUCGAGAGCUGGGAUUCUUCUCUAGCAAUCACCACCCGCGAGGAAAAAUUGGAUCUUGAGACCAUUCCAGUUGAUGCCAAGAAGAGUUUUUCUAAAGAUGGUAACUUUCUCGGCCCCUUCGCAUUCAAAUUGAAGUUUCCUGCCGGGUUCCGGCCGAACAAGAAGUACAUUGAAGAAGUUCUCAAGUGGCAGAAAAUGGCAUUUCCCUCUCCGUAUCUGAACGCGAGGCAGUUCGAGCCUGCGACUCCGCAAGCCCGGAAACGCGCGGUGGCAGUGCUUCACGAGCUCCUUAGCUUGACUAUGGAGAAGAGGUUGACUUCGGAUAAGCUUGAUGCUUUCCACAAUGAGUAUAAAUUGCCCUGUAAGUUGUUGCUUUGCUUGGUUAAGAAUCAUGGAAUAUUCUACAUUACAAAUAAGGGGGCGAGGAGUACCGUGUUUCUUAAGGAGGCCUAUGAUGGCCACAACCUGCUCGAUAAAUGUCCUCUACUGAAAUUUUAUGAUCGGUUUGUUUCACUCAUCGGACGGCCCUGUUUUGAUGCAAGUAAUUCGGUGCAAGUGUAAAGAACUCAUGUAGGAAAAUUUGGCGAUUUGAAGCUUUCACUAAGAUUGAUUUCUCAACUAUUGAUUUGAGGUAAAAGAGGUGGUGGAUAUAGGAAAAUCCAUAUCCAAUUUAUAUGGAGGCUUAUGAUGGCCACAACCUGCUCAGUAAAUGUCCUUUGGUGAGAUUCUACGAUCGCUUGCUUCGCUCAUCGGCAGGCUGAGUUCUGAUGCAAGCAAUGCAGUGGUAGUAAGUUGUCAAUAUUUUGAAUUCUUCAAUUCUUCUUAAAGAAUUAAGAAGAAUUCGAGGAUUUGAAGCUUUCUUCAAGAUCACUGCUAAAAGAUUGAUUCGAGGUAAAAGAGGUGUUCAACAUGGGUCAGUUAGCAGUUCAGUUAUGUGUGGAGGAUUAUGAUGGCUGCAACCUGCUCUAGAAAUGUCCUCUAUUGAGGUUCUGCGAUCAGUUUGUGAUGCUCAUCAUCAGGCCAUGUUCUGAUGCGAGCAAUUAAGGGGGAGUGUGGUAAGUUCUCUAUGUUUUUAGUUGAUCUUAAAGGAAAAUUUGGCCUUGAAGAUUUCAAUAAGAUCAAUUGAUUGAAAAUUGAAUUAUUGUAAAAGAGGUUGUUAAUAUUGGUCAAUUAUGUAAAUAUACGUUGUUGUUUUUCUUCUUAGAUAAUUUGUUUUAUUUUGUAAUUUAGAUAAUUAUUCAACUACAUUAGCUGUUUCUCUCUGAUGCUUGUUA